GCUGUGCGUGGCUCUGUGGUAAUGACCUUAUGGAGAUGACUGAGGAUGCUGGCUAAAGAACAGAGCUUCACUGCACGGAGGGGGAUUCACCGAGUCACUGUGUUCUUAUAGGGCAUACCCACUGAGAAAGCUGCGGCCAUUGCAACUGACGCGAGGACAAUCAUUCUGCAUUGUGGCAGACCUGGACUCCAGAGGCUGAGGAAUCUGCCCAGCUAAAGAUUUCCAGGCGCAACAUCAGACUUUGAUGAUCAAGCGAUCCGCCCAGCCCGGACGACCCAUUGGAGGACGCGUGAGGGGGAUCGGAUUAGCAUAAGAAUGGCGCUCCUGCCCUCCCCUCUCCCAGUUUGACGGGGAAGGCUGCUGUGGCUGUCGCGUGCACAGAGUUCGCCCGGCUUCUCACGUCCCACCCUGUGCCACCCUGUGCCACCCUGUGCCACGCUGAGUGACGGGAGGGGGGAGGACAGGCCUGUCACGGCCCAUCGGCAUGGGGUGGAUGAGGGCAGGGCACUAACCCCCCACCCCCCGCACACACACCUAUUCCAAGAAGCUAUGGCAAACACCUCUGCUGCUGCCAACGUCUCUGUCGACACUGGUGGCGACUCCACCCCCUGUGUUCCCUGGAGGAGCCAGGGCUCCCGGGUGGCCCUGUACAUGUUCAUCAUGGCUGGGAUAGCCUGCACCGUGGUGGGAAACUUCCUGGUUGUGCUCGCCAUCGCCUACUUCAAACGACUGCAGUCGCCCACCAACUCCUUCGUCAUGUCCCUGGCUGUGGCUGACUUCCUGGUGGGCCUUAUCGUCAUGCCCUACAGCAUGGUUCGCACGGUGGAGGGGUGCUGGUACUUCGGGCCCACCUUCUGCGAGGUCCACUCCAGCCUGGACGUCAUGCUCUGCACCGCCUCCAUCUUCCAUCUCAGCUGCAUCGCCUUCGACCGCUACUACGCCGUCUGCAACCCCCUGGUGUACGCCUUCAAAAUGUCUAGGGUCAGAGUCGGCCUCCUCAUCGUGGUCUGCUGGGUGGUACCCCUGCUGAUCUCAUUUGGGCCCAUAAUGCUGGGGCUUCACAAGGUGGGCAUUGACAUCCAGCUACCCGAGGGCAUUUGCGCCUUCCUGGUCAACCGGGUCUAUGCCGUCAUGGCCUCCUUGGUGGCCUUCUACCUGCCCAUGGUCAUCAUGCUGGUGGCCUACUGGAAGAUCUACAAGGCUGCCAAGCGGCAGGCCAUGCAGAUCAGCGCAAUGGAGCACCAGAUGACUGUGCAUGGCUUGAACUCGGCGGGCAGGAAGCAGAAGCAGAGGCAGAACUGCAUGAGGAGGGAGCGGAAGGCGGCCAAGACCCUGGGCAUCAUCAUGGGCGCCUUCCUUCUGUUUUGGCUGCCCUUCUUCACCACCAACGUGGUCGAUCCCUUCAUCGAGUACCGAACAGCCGGGGUGGUCUGGGACGUGUUCCUCUGGCUGGGAUACGUCAAUUCCUCCCUCAACCCUUUCCUGUACGCCUUCUUCAACCGGUCGUUUCGAAGAGCCUUCUUUAUGAUCAUGGGCUGCAGGAUUUGUCUGCCUGGUUCUCCCGCCAGUAUCGAUCUUUCUCUUACCAAGAGGGAUGCUAAUGAACACAUAGAAAACUAAUAGGUCAUCCCCCAACUGUUUUUGUCCCCCUUACAGUGUUCUCUGAUUAAUGCACUCUAAUUAUCUCAAGAGGUAUACUUCAAGAUUAAAUUAAUUUUACAUUACCAACUGAUCCUUACUUUACUAUCAAUACCAUGAACUGUUUUGACUGGCUUGGUUUUCAAGUUAAUUAAGUUUGCUAAACAUACCGAAUCAACCCUGUUUUUCUUAAAUAAUUUGUUGUUUGUCAUUUUGACAAUUUAGAAUAUGGGUAUGUAAAUAUGUAAAUGGUCAUUUCUAUUGUAGAGGAGCCAAUGUGAAAAUGUGCACUCACUUUUGAAGGGACCUUGCAUGGGAAUAUCAAAUGUCCAAUUGCAUCUCAGAAGGCUUCAGUAUUUAUGGGAAACAACUUCUAUUGCUUAAAAUAUACAAGAAAGAUAAUAUAAUUUCUCAGGUGUGGAUGCAGA